GAGUUAGCUUGCUAACAUAAAUUGUUUGAAUUUGAAACUAAUAUCAACAGAAAGUUUAAAGAUAAUCUUACAACACUUGAUGGAAUAUCUCUGUCGUUAGCCUUAAUCAACAGAUUCGGUCAGGUUUAUUUCUGUUCGUUUUUUUAAAGUACUGUCAAAUUACCUUACCACUCUCCUCUGGACCAAAACCAUCGCAGUGUAACGAUAGCUGCUAACGUUUAUGUUAUGCGACUGAAACGCUGUCAGAUUUCCUACACAUUUUAACGUUUUAUCUGGGUCUAUAGAUUGUAUUAUGCCAUGGACCCAAAAAUACCAUACGAUGACUACCAACUACCCGUGGUUUUUCUCCCUUCGUACGAGAAUCCACCGGCAUGGAUCCCUGCACAAGAGCGCGUCCAACACCCAGACUAUAACAAUGAACUUACACAGUUUCUUCCUCGCACCAUCGUCUUGAAAAAACCUCCUGGAGCCCAGCUUGGCUUCAAUAUUCGUGGAGGAAAAGCGUCACAACUUGGCAUCUUCAUUUCUAAGGUAGUCCCAGAUUCUGAUGCACAUCGUGCUGGACUUCAGGAGGGAGACCAAGUGCUAUCUGUAAAUGAUGUUGACUUCCAGGACAUCGAACACUCCAGGGCUGUUGAGAUUCUGAAGACAGCUAGAGAGAUUUUGAUGAGGGUGCGCUUCUUUCCCUACAAUUACCAGAGACAGAAGGAGAGAACUGUACACUAGGUGGCAGAGGAGUGUUGCAUAUCCAAAUGAUGCAGUCAAAUAGGUCGAGAUGUUAUGGAGAGAAUCACGUCAUUUUUGCCCUCCCAUGGACUACAGACUCCCUCUUUAGGUAUGGCUGGCUGGACUUAAACAUACUGAUCCUGGCUUCAUGAUAUGUUCCCAUACACACACUUACAACAUCUACCAGAUAACAUCACCCAAGUCAACCCUAUCCUCCCCAGCAGAGAUGCACUGUUCAAUUGCUCAGAGAGGCUGAGUAGGUGUCCAAGAUGAGAGGUUUGGUACAUUGUAAAAUAUCAGGAAAAUGUAUGUAUGAAUCAUGCCUCAACAGUAACGACAGUUCUAUAGUAAUUAUUUAUGUAUAAAUAUCCGAACAAGAUCUUGCCUUGUACAGUGCAUGGAAGCAAUGGCAAAGCUUGCUGCUUUUUCCAUUGUCAUCAUUAGGUCAGUUAGUGACAAGCAGCAAGUGAAAUAACAGAAAUUUUGUAUUGCAUUAAUUGGAAUGUUUUUUUUUUCUUUUUUGAAAGUGCUUUUAAAGUGUAAUUCCGGCGAAAAUUGACCAAAGGGUGUUUUUCUAUAUUAAAACACAUCAAAUAAUUGUUGAUCAAC